GCAACCCUUUGUGAAUUAAACGAGAGAUAACCAUAAUCGGAGAUGCCGUGUCUGAGACUGUCAACAAAUGUGAGCUUGGAGGGCGUUGAUACCUCCGCCAUCCUCUCCGAAGCCACCUCCACCAUCGCCGACCUCCUCAGCAAACCCAAAGCCUAUGUGCUGAUCGAGUUGAAGGGAUCUGUGCCGAUGGCUUUUGGAGGUAGCGAGGAGCCAGCGGCGUGUGGUGAGCUGGUGUCCAUCGGAGGAGGUCUGAAUUCAGAUGUAAACAAGAAAGUAAGCGCUGCAGUUGCUGAGAUUCUUAGCUCCAAGCUCUCUGUUCCCAAAUCACGAUUCUUCCUUAAGUUUUACGAAUCAGAGGGGUCUUUCAUCGGAUGGAAUGGAUCGACCUUUUAGUCGGCUAUGUCGUUUCUGGGUUGGUUGGUUGCAUCAAAAUAAAACUUAUUUGAAAUGUCAAAACAUUAAAACCUUGUUAUCCAAGCACUUUCUCUGUCUCGUAUCGUUGAUGUUUGUCUGAGUUACUUCAUGUGUAGCAGAUAUGUUGUUUCAGCUGCUGUUAUAUGUAUCCAUGCACUCUCUUAUUAUCCUUCA